GCAGCACUGUAGGUGGGUUACGCGAAAGAAAGACGUAGUUGUUCGCCCCUGGCCACGGUUGUUACUGAUGUUGCUUUUGCUUUGGUUGGCUUCCUAUGGGCGUGUACGUUAGAUAAUUGUGCAAUUUAUUUGAAUUUAAUGAGUAAUAUUUGAUUUUUUAAAGUACUGUGUAUUAGUGUCUUAUGUUAAAAUGAAAUUAUUAUUUGUGAUUGCUGCUAUAUUAUUAUCUCCUAAUGAGAGUAUAGCUUGGUCACCUUUUAGCUUGUAUUGCUAUCGUUGUGUAUCAACACACCCUGGUUGUGGUACACCAUUUAAUUGGCUAUGGUACUGGGGAGAAGUUUGUCCAGAAGCAGAUGAUCGAUGUGUUAAAAUUAUUGAAAGGAAAGGAGUGGAAACUAUUAUUACUCGUGAGUGUUUAAGUUCUUUGCGAAGUGUUCGUACUGAUAUUCCAGAAGAUCAUUAUGAAGGAUGCCGUCCAGCAGCUCGAGAUGUGCGAUUGGCCCAUUAUGUGAAUAAUUCUAUCAAGGAAUUGGAUAUUAAAAGGGACCACUAUGAUGAAACAACAUGGUGUUUCUGCUACUUCGAUAAUAGAUGCAAUGGUGCAUCAACCAUUUUAAUUUCUAUUCCUUUGAUUAUCUUUGCUUACCUUUUGGCUAAUUGCUCAUGACUCGCAUCCUAGGAUGUUACUUUACACCAGGGAUCCUGUUGAUGAAUUGGGAGAUAUAUUUGUGUACAAUUUUAUAUAUAUAUAGUUAUUUUGAUCUGCAACAAGUCCGUCCCCUUUGACUCGUAGAUUUGUAUUAUCUUUUCUACAUUCCUGUAGGUACCUGAAUAUGAGAUUUUGUGUAACUUUUUAUAUUCACAUAUGAUGGAGUAUAUUUGUAUAUAUAAAAUAAAUUAUUCAGAUUCUUUACUUGCAUUUUGACAAAAAUUACUAUGCAGCUGUUUUCACUAUUUUCUUUGUACACUUGGAUAUCGUAGAUUUGAAAUUGUCAACUUUUUAUAAUUUUUAAUUCAGAGAUUUUAUUAUAAUUUUUAUGAAUUGUAUUAUUGUAAGUGAUAUAGUUUAAUCGGCACAUUUUCCUCUUGGAUUUCAAAGUCAAUAUAACAAUAAUUAUGUAGUUAAAAUCCUUGAUUUUUUUUGGUGGGGAUAUUUGUUAGAAUUAAUUGCUGUUCUUUGUUUCAUCUUUGUUACCUUCAUUAUUAUCAUAUAUUUUUGAACAUGAAAUGCUAAAGUAAUUUGUUAUGACAUUCCCACAUUCACAUUUCGAAGCCAAAAAGGAAGAUAUAAAGAAUAUCAAUCAUAUCCUUGCCAUGUGAGGCAAGGAUUUUGUCUUAAAAAGAGAUUUUGUUGUGUGAAAUUUAAUCCAACAGGUAAACAGCCACAAGGAUAGUUUGAUUUUAGUAUGGAAGUUUGAUAAAUUUGUUCCAUUAACACUUCUGGAUGGAAAGGCUCUAUUAAGAAAUAAACUUUGUAUUAUGAUGGGUUCUCAUUUCGUUAUCUGGUGCAAAAAGACGUUUCUAAAUCAGAUUAUAUUAUAAUUCAUUUUGUGUAGUAGUUCAAAAAUAUAUUUAAAAAAUUGUCAUCAGAUAAUUCAAGAAUGAUUUUUAUACUUUUAAACUAGAAUCUGACACCGUCAUCUACAACAUGAGUUGAACCCCCCUGAGCAUUGUGAAAAUUAGAUUUCUAAUCCAUAUUAUUUGCUACUAUAUGCAAUUUAUGAUACUAAUUAUUUUUUCAUUUUGGUUUCGAAUUUUAUGAUGCUGAAUAACAAUGAAUAGCUUUUAUUUGAUAUUCCCAAUUUUAUAAAUGAUUUUCUAUGAAAACUAUUUUGAAUUUAAGUUGAAUUUCAUUUUGUAUAUUUUGUAGUGCUAAUAAAUGAAGCAAUGUUAAAUAUUAAGGGUACAUUUGUACUUUAAUUGAUCAGAGAAUGAUUAAUUGUGUUUCUCAGAGUGGUUUUAUAAAAUAAAAGGUAAUUUUUCCUUCAAGCACUACUUCUAUAGAAAUAUUGCAUUGUAGUCUGAAGUGAGUGACGUGCCUUCCUGUCAUAUGUGCAUUACGUUGAUGCUUGUCACCUAUCGCUGAUGUCAGCUGCGUCAAAGCCUGCUCACACCAUCACUUUAUGCAUGUUGUAAAUUAAUAUUUUAUCUGUGCAAAAUGGCCCAAGAGCGGUCUUGGCAACGUGCAUCACACUUUGAAAGGUAGAAAACUUGCGUGAUCUUAAUUGACAUUGUAGCUUUUGCAUCUUGCUUGAGCUGUGUACUCAGCACACGUCACCAAGAGCGCCCCUUUUCCCUUUUUGCGUAAGAUAUAGAGCUAAUUUAAGAUGCGUGAUUAAGAGACUGUGUGCAGGCAUCGAUGCAGGUGAAGUCAUUAGGAUUAGUUAAUGAGCACCAUUGCGACACCUCUGUGACAGGCUUUAACUGGUUUACAGUUAAAGCCCAAAGUAGGUAAAGCAAGAAAUUUUUAUAUUAAUAGAGCAGAAGCAAAGGCAAAGUAUGUAUUUACAAUUGAAUUUUAAAUAAAAUUUUAAACUUUUAAAUGUGAAAUAUUAAUUUAUUAUUUUUAUUUGCAAAAAUUAAUCCACUGUCAGCUGAUU